GAUGUGUAGUGGUCAGAGGUUUGCCUGGGAGGCAAGCGGAGUGGGCUCAGUUUUCAUCACCUCAGCUUGAUGAUGCUGUACGUGGGAGCCAAACUUGGGUGUGAAACAAAGGAUCCUUUUAGAGCUAAACUUAGAUCCAGUGUCUAUGGUAAAGAAAGAUGAAAUCUUCGCAGGCUAGAUACAUAGUGGGAUUCCUCCCUGUGGAUUAUACAACCUAAUUUGUAUUCUACAGAAAACGUCUAGGGAACGUGGUAAGGAUGCCGCUAUAAUCGAUAAAUCUUGGUUCCAAUUUUUGUGUGAAAAUCACAGCUCAAGUUGAAACUGUAACCUUUUCUGUGUUGGUGUGAGGCAACUUGUUUUAAGUCAGUACAGAAUCUUCUUGCCUUUUUUUCAACCAUUUCUCAGUGUGAAUUGACCCCGGCUGGGUGGUUUGGGUGGUGAGAUGUUUGAUGUCUGUAUGUUUUCUUUUCUCCCUACAUUUAAAAAAACAAAAACAAAAAAACCCGAUAUGCAGCUGGGCGUGGUAGUGCACGCCUUUGGCAACAGGCAGACAGAUCUCUGUAAGUUUGAAGCCAACCUGGUCUACAAAGCGAGUUUUAGGACAGCCAGUGCCAUUACACAGAGAAAACCUGUCUGGAAAGACAUAGAGGUUGGAGUGGGGGGUGGGGAGGAUGCAAUUAUUGAUACACAGCAUCAGAAAAUUCAGUUUAUGCCAUUCCUUCAGUCCCAUGUUAAUCAUUUUAAUCAUUUAAUGUUAUUAUGGUUUUGUGAGUGUAUGUACAUACUGCUGUCCUUUAGAGAACUUGUAGUUUGGACUUACUAUGUUCUUACCUACUGGGGACUUGGGGUUAGAGAGCAGUUAAAAUAAUUGAGGGUUUUUUGUUGUUGUUGUUGGGGACCUGGGUUAGAGAGAAGUUGAAAUAAUUGAGGGGUGGUGUUGUUUGUUUGUUUUUGUUUUCUAAGAAUUUUUCUAUGUAACCCUGGCUGGCUUGGAACUCACUCUGUAGACCAGAUUGGCUUUCAACUCACAGAUCCACCUGCCUCAAAAGGUGUGUGCCACAGCUGCCUGGCAAGUUUUAAAUUUUAAAUUGAAAGAGGACAUUAUUUGUGUUUUGUUUCGUUUCUAUAUGAUGUUUGGCCAUUCGGGGGUCCUAUUCACCCAGGAGAAACUGUCUUUCCAGAGCUGGCUAAUGAACAACUCACCAGGGAAGCUGCUGUUCACGAGAAAACUAACCAGUCUUGGAUUCAAAUCCCAAGCCACGACCUUUGUCUAACAUUCACACUGCACCUAAUACUGAAGUCAGGUACCACAGCAAAGGAGAAGAAUCAGUUAUCAAAACAUUUGUUGAAAGCUUUACUUAAAUACACACCCAGCAUUCCUUCAAAGCCAGAUUACCCUACUAAAUAUAAAUUUUCUGCUCUAUUUACACAAACCAGAAGCAACACUUACUUCUGAGGAGCUAGCAUUCGAUCCCAAAGUGUCCCUGACACUUCAUCCUGCCCCUCAUAGCCAUAGCCAGUGGAGUUUCAUUGUAAACACCUUAUGUCUUCCUCCCCAAAGUUUUCAAGUCACUGCAUUUCUUUUCUCUAACCUGAGUAACUAUAAGAGUUUCCUAACUGAAACUAUUAUUUCCCCAGUGUGCACUCUGGCCUCAUCCCAGCACCCGGCCCAGGGCUCUAAUUGAUGGUCAGUGAUUGAAACCUUUACAUCUGUCAUUGUUGCUGCUUGAAUGUUCUUUUCACAAAUACCUCAUGGCUCACUUUCUCCAUUUAUUCAUAUAUCCACUCAUAGGUUAUCUGUCGAGGCAUUCACCAACUACUCUGUAAUAACCUUGUUCUCUUAAAUAAUUUUUAUAUUUUUUGAAAGUAUAAUUUCAUCUUCUGUGCAUCCUUUUCCUCCCUCCACCCCUCCUUUGUACCUCCCUUGCUUUCUCUUGUAUUCAUGGUCUCCUUUUAUUAUUGUUACAUAUGUACACAUAUGUGUGUAUAUAUAUAAUAUAUAUACUCCUAAGUACAUAAAUACAACCUGCUCAGUCUGUAUAAUGUUACUUGUAUGUAUGUGAUCUCAGAGCUGACUGCUUGGUUUUGAAUAAACAGUUGAGGGGCUCUUCCCUGAGGAAAACCAUUUCUCCCAUUUUCAGCGUUCUCCAGCUGCAUAUAGUUCCUCAUCUAGGUUUGAGGCUCCGUGAGCUUUCCCCCUACUGUGUUAGCAUUCCAUUGGUGUCCUUGUUCAGUUCUUAUCUAGGCAGCCAUGUUGAUGAGACUUCACUAGUAGCCUCUCUGACAUUCCUUGAAGACCAGUCUCACAGUAAACUGGUUCCUCUCACUCUUACAAUCCCUUUGUAAUGUCCCUGAUCUAAGUAAGGUUCAGGAGUUGUGUUGUAGGUGGGUCAGUUGGGACUGGACACCACACAAUCUCUGUUCUCAGCAUUUUGAUCAGUUGUGAAUUUCUGCAGUGGUCGUGUCUGUUGUAAAGAGAGGUUUCUUUGAUGAGGGGUGAGAACUGAUGGAUUUCAGAGCUCAAAGUAGAGUGACAGGAAACAGAGAGGGACUGGAGUCUGACCUCAGCAGGUGAGACCAUUCAUUUCAAACCUCAAAGACAGACACUCUUCCACAAGAAAGGGGUGUCUGUCGGAGGAAAGGGAGUACUUGGAGUUGAGAGAGAGGCUUGGGAAUGAGGAAGUUAAUGUAGCUUCAGGGAUCUAUGUAUAAGACUCUCCUUCCUGGUAUUGGCUCAAUGGAGUCAGCCUAUCUUGGGGGACUGGCUGUCUCAGCGAAUCAUUUCCUUUCUGUGGCUCAUUGAUAAUAGUUUGAACAAGGUUAGCUGUGUCCUCAUACACAUUCUACUUUUACAACCAAGGCACUCUAUCAAGAACUACACUUAACCUAUGGCUAUAAAUAUUUACAGUGUAAUUAGAAAUUAUGUUAAUUUAGUAAAGUAGCAGUUGUAAGUUCUCUUCUAAGAUCCAUGAUUUCAGUAGCCCUGAGUAGUUAGCUUGGUUUUCAGUACCCAGGAUGAUUUCCCCUUUGUUGAUCAGGCUUUAAUUCUAAUUAGAGAGAUGUUGGUUACCACCAAGGUAUGCAUGCCACUAUUACCCCCUUUAGGGUCUUUGCACCAGGCUGGCUGUUUUGUUUCAUGGAUGUUAAUGCUGGGUAAAACUAUUUUUCACUUCCUUCUCUAGGAGGCUUGCAUGGUGCUUUCUAGUACCAUGAAAGCUAGUCCUCAGGGAGGAGGCUUUUAGGUCGGAUGCAGCUCAGGUCCUCUGGACCCUGGGUCUGAACUGCAUGGUAUCUUUAGCAAAGGGACUUAACCUUCCACCUCUGGGGAACAACCAUAAAGUUGUGGCUAUAGUUUGGAUAUUAUUUGCCCCCUCAAAAAAACUUGUCUUGAAAUUGAUUAUUAGUAUUAGGAGUUGGAUUCUUUAAGGGUGGUUAGAUAAUUAAAAGAGAUUAAUACCUCAAGGGAGAGAAGCCAGUCUCACGAGAUAGUUAUUAAAAGCAAGGCAUUCCCUUGUUUUGAGUUUUCCUUAAGCUUUCUUCUCCUCUUCUCCUCUGCCCUGCCAAGAUCCAGGACAAAGACUCUGACUGCCAUCUGCUCAGAUGCCAUGGGCUUUGUUCUUCCUAGCCCCAGAACCGUGAGCCUGAGUAAAGCUUUAGGCUUUCUAAAUUACCCAAUCUUAGGUAUUCUGUUAAAGCAGCCCCAACUGAGUAUACACCUGUUUACUAUCUAUCAUAUCCUCGAGGGAGCAAGCUUCUUCACAAGGCAGGAAUUUUGUCCUAUCUGUCAAAUCUUCAAGAUAUGGCACAUAAUCUUUCAAUAAAUAUUUGUAGAAUAGAUAAAUUAAUGCAUGAAUCUUCAUUCUUACCCCAGUACAUGUUUAGUUCCGCUUUCUGCAAGAUAUUACAUAUGCUAGAGAUAUAGCAGCAAUCAAAAUAGACUUAGUUGCUGCCCCCAAAGAGCUUUCUAGGUGUAGGAGAGGAAGACAGAUUAACACUCAAUACAUAUAUAAAGCCAUAAAGGAUCUUAAAGAAAAAGUACCAAGAAAUCUAGUUUUAAUUUCCGUGUAUUUGUGAGUUAACCAAUUUUGUACCUGCUUUUAAUUUCUAAUUUCAUUUUAUUUUAGUAGCAAAGUAUGUUUUGUAUUAUUUCUGUCUUCUGAAAAUGUAUUGAGGUAGCCAAGUGUGGGAGCUCAAAAGGCAGAGGCAUGGAGAUCUCUGUAAGCUCAAGGACAGCCCAGUCUACAAAUUGAGUUAAAGAAUAGGCAAGGCUGUGGACCCUGUCUCCAAACCCACACCAACAAUAACAAAAGCAGUGAGGUUUGUUGUACAGGUUAGCAUAUGGUUUCUCCUAGACAGCAUUCCUUAUGUGAUUGAACAGCUGUUUUGUUGUGGGGUGCUAUGUCUAUGAAGUGUGUGCUGGUACUUAGGACUUCCCAGCUAGAUGGGAGAGGCAGGUGGUCCUCUGAGUUUGAAUUUGAGGCUAGCCUGGGCUACAGGGUAAAUACCAAGACAGCCAGGGCUACACAGAGAAACUCUGUCUGGAAAAAAAAAAAAGAAGAAGAAGGAGAAGAAGAGAAAAAUUAAAAAAAAAAAAAAAGACUCCUCUCCUAAAUGCUCAUGAACUUGUUCUACCAUUAUGGAAAGUUACUCUGUGAUGCGUUCUUUUUGAAUUAACCAUUAACUAUUUCCUAGUAUAUUUUGAUGAUCUCUCUAGAGCAGCAGUUUUCAACCGAUGGGCCAGGACCCUACAGGGAUCACAUAUCAAAUAUUCUGCAUAUCAGAUAUUUAUGUUAUGACUCAUAACAGUGGCAAAAUUAUAGUUAUGAAGUAGCAACAAAAUAAUUUUAUGAUUGGAGGUCACCACAGCAUGAGGAGCUGAAUGAAAGUGUUGCAGCUUUAGAAGGUGAAAAUGAGUUCAUCAGUAAGAAGAAAAGGCAAGCCAGGCAAAGGGGAUGGAAAAGGGUCUUCUAGAGGAGGAAGAGGAGGCAAAGGUCACAUGAAUAAAUCUCAUGGGGGUGGUGGUGGUGGCGGCAGUGGCUGUGGCGGUGGCGGCAGUGGCGGCGGAAGUAGAAAGGCCUCAAAUAGAAUUUGGGAUGAUGGCGAUGACUUUUGUGUCUUCACUGAAUCCAAGCGCCCGUCCAGGCCCUGCGACAGUAACAAAAGCAAAGGAGAGACACGGCCUAAGUGGAAGCCCAAAGCCAAAGUGCCCCUUCAGACGCUGCACAUGACAUCAGAGAAUCAGGAGAAGGUGAAAGCCCUUCUGAGGGACCUGCAGGAACAGGGUGCGGACGCGGGAUCCGAAAGAGGCACCUCUGGGGAGGAGGAAGACAAUGAGCCCGAGUGUGGUGAGGAGCAGAGCUGGCCAGCUGGACAAGAGCCUAUCUUUCUUCCUGACUGCAGUCCUUGGGAAUAUAUUGGCCCAGAAGAAGUGGAGCCUCCUAUUCCAGAAUUUGCAGUCUCACCGUUGGCAGUGCAAAAGCUUUCCAGGUAUGGCUUCCACACUGAGCACUGUCAGCUGGCCCUGAGGAUCUGUGAUGGAGACUUAGGGGCGGCACUAGAGCAUCUUCUCCACCAGUGUUUCUCAGAGACAUUUGGAGAGAAGAUGACACUCUCCGAGGCAGCUGUUUAUGUAAGCUUGAAUGAGUGUGUGGAGCAGAGACAGGAAGAGGUGCUUGCUCUCAAGUCGAUCUGUGGAGAAAAAUUUAUAGAAAGAAUUCAAAACAGAGUCUGGACCAUUGGAUUGGAACUGGAAUAUUUGACCAACAAAUUCUGCAAGUCUAAGCAAAAGGAAAGUAGCAAAAAUGUACGGGACACUUCACCUGAAACCUGUAAAUUUUACCUCAAAGGAAAUUGUAAAUUUGGAUCAAAAUGCAAAUUCAAACAUGAAGUGCCCCCACAUCAAAUCAUUGGGAGAGCAGAAAGAAACGUAGAUGACUCUCAUCUUGAUGCUGAUGACGAAACAACUUUUCUGUAUGAGCUUCAGAUCCGCUUUUCUAAAGACCAUAAAUACCCCUACCAAGCUCCCCUUGUGGCGUUUUAUUCCACCAAUGAGAGCCUACCUCUGCCUUGUCGUUUACACAUUUCUGAGUUCCUUUAUGGCAAGGCCUUGGAAUUUGCAAAAACGUCAGAACCUGCUGUAUAUUCUUUGAUAACCCUUUUAGAGGAAGAGUCUGAGAUUGUCAAGUUACUAACACACACUCAACACAAGUAUAGUGUUCCUCCUGUGAACGUCCCUCCAGUACCUUCCGAGACCAGGAUGAGCAAACCCUCCUACCGCAAACCAGUGAUCCCAAGUAACACUUUUCUUACUAAUCAAAUGCUGGAAGGGGAAAGAUUAUCAGAACUGGAGGAGGAUGCAGAUGAGGAUGAAGGACCUGCACCAAUUAUUGUGGAGAAUGAAAGCUAUGUGAACCUGAAGAAAAGGAGUUACAAAAGAUAUGACCGGCCAGCAAAGUCCUUAUUUGCUGAGAACAGUAAGAUCUGCAGGCAGUUCCAGAUGAAACAGGCUUCCAGACAGUUCCAUGCAAUUCUGCAAGAAAGACAGUUACUACCUGCCUGGGAAGAGAGAGAAACCAUUCUUAAACUGUUGAGCAAGCACCAAGUGGUUGUCAUAAGUGGUAUGACUGGAUGUGGGAAAACCACACAGAUUCCACAGUUUAUUCUGGAUAAUUCUCUGAAUGGGCCACCUGAGAGGGUGGCAAACAUCAUCUGUACCCAACCCCGACGCAUCUCUGCAAUCUCUGUUGCUGAACGUGUUGCCAAAGAAAGAGCAGAAAGGGUGGGUCUGACCGUAGGAUACCAGAUUCGGUUGGAAAGUGUCAAGUCCUCAGCCACCAGACUGUUAUACUGCACCACAGGAGUGCUGCUGAGAAGGCUAGAAGGAGAUGCGACUUUGCAGGGAAUCACCCACAUCAUUGUUGAUGAAGUUCAUGAGAGGACAGAAGAAAGUGACUUCUUACUGCUAGUUUUGAAGGACAUUGUGAUGCAGAGAGCAACCCUCCAGGUCAUUCUCAUGAGUGCGACUCUGGACGCUGGGCUCUUCUCCAAGUAUUUCAGCUACUGCCCAGUGAUCACAAUACCAGGUCGUGCAUUCCCUGUUGAUCAGUUUUUUCUGGAGGACGCUCUUGCUGUGACGAGGUAUGUGUUACAGGACGGGAGCCCAUAUAUGCGUUCCAUGAAACAGAUUGCGAAGGAAAAGCUUAAAGCCAGGCACAACAGAACUGCACUAGAGGAGGUGGAGGAAGACCUCAGGCUGUCCCUUCAUCUCCAGGACGAGGAGGAGUCUGUCAAAGAUACAAUACCUGAUCAACAGUUAGAUUUCAAGCAGCUCUUGAUCCGCUAUAAAGGGGUGAGCAAAUCAGUCAUCAAGACAAUGUCUGUGAUGGAUUUUGAAAAGGUCAACCUUGAAUUAAUAGAGGCCUUGUUAGAGUGGAUUGUAGAUGGCAAGCACGCCUACCCUCCAGGUGCUAUACUUGUGUUUUUACCGGGGCUAGCAGAAAUCAAGAUGCUUUAUGAGCAGCUACAGUCUAACUCUCUUUUCAACAACAGACGCAGUCACCGAUGUGUUAUUCACCCACUUCACUCAUCAUUAUCCAGUGAAGAGCAGCAGGCAGUGUUUGUGAAACCUCCAAUAGGUGUAACUAAGAUUAUCAUUUCCACCAACAUUGCUGAGACAUCCAUAACCAUUGAUGAUGUUGUUUAUGUCAUCGAUUCUGGGAAGAUGAAAGAAAAGAGAUACGACGCUGGCAAAGGAAUGGAAAGUCUAGAAGACACAUUUGUGUCCCAAGCCAACGCUCUGCAGAGAAAAGGCCGAGCUGGCCGAGUUGCAUCUGGAGUCUGCUUCCAUUUGUUCACGAGCCACCACUACAACCACCAGCUUCUGAAGCAGCAGCUCCCAGAAAUCCAAAGAGUGCCCUUGGAACAGCUGUGCCUCAGAAUUAAAAUUUUAGAAAUGUUUAGUACUCAUAAUCUCCAGUCCGUGUUCUCUCGGCUCAUUGAACCUCCACAUAUUGAUUCUCUUCGUGCCUCAAAAGUGCGGUUGCGAGACUUGGGAGCCUUGACUCCAGAUGAAAAGCUGACCCCUCUGGGUUAUCACUUGGCCUCUCUCCCUGUGGACGUGAGGAUUGGCAAACUGAUGCUGUUAGGAUCUAUCUUCCGCUGUCUGGACCCUGCUCUCACCAUUGCUGCCAGCUUGGCUUUCAAGUCCCCUUUUGUGUCUCCCUGGGAUAAAAAAGAAGAGGCUAAUCAGAAAAAACUGGAAUUUGCAUUUGCAAACAGUGAUUACCUGGCCCUUCUAUGUGCAUAUAAGGGUUGGCAGCUGAGUACAAAAGAAAGCGCACGAGCAAGUUACAAUUACUGCCGACAGAAUUUCCUAUCUGGGAGAACCUUGCAGGAAAUGGCCAGUCUCAAACGGCAAUUCACUGAACUGCUGUCUGACAUAGGAUUUGUAAAAGAAGGACUCCGAGCAAAAGAAAUUGAAAAAAGAGCCCAAGGAGGAGAUGGUGUCCUGGAUGCCACUGGAGAGGAGGCAAACACAAAUGCUGAGAACCCCAAGCUGAUAUCAGCAGUGCUGUGUGCCGCUCUGUAUCCAAAUGUAGUGCAGGUCAAGACCCCAGAGGGAAAGUUCCAGAAGACCAGUUCUGGAGUUGUCAGACUGCAGCCAAAGUCAGCUGAGCUGAAGUUUGUUACCAAGAAUGACGGCUAUGUCCACAUUCACCCUUCCUCAGUGAACUAUCAGGUCAGACACUUCGACAGCCCCUACCUGUUGUACCAUGAGAAAAUCAAAACUAGCCGGGUGUUCAUCCGAGACUGCAGCAUGGUGUCUGUGUACCCCUUAGUCUUGUUUGGAGGAGGCCAAGUGAAUGUGCAGCUGCAAAGAGGGGCGUUCGUUGUCUCCUUGGAUGAUGGGUGGAUCCGGUUUGUGGCUGCUUCCCAUCAGGUGGCCGAACUGGUGAAGGAACUCCGCUGUGAGCUUGACCAGCUCCUCCAGGAUAAAAUUAAAAACCCCAGCAUGGAUCUGUGUACCUGUCCCAGAGGCUCUCGGAUUAUCAGCAUGAUUGUGAAGCUUAUCACCACACAGUGAAGGCUGGGCCUGGGCUGCCUGCUCUUCACCUCCGUUCCCCUGCAAGGCACAGGAGCACGCCUACCUCCCCCCGGAAGACUGACCUGGGGCUGCCCCUGGGGCACAGAGCCAGGGCCACAACCCAAGAGACAGUCUCCACACUGGUGUUUCUGAAAACGUGGGGACACUCCCAGCACAAUUUGGAGUGUCAGUGGUAGGACAGUUUAAAACCCAGCUUGUCUUUUUGUGACUGUACCAAACUGAAUGCAAUCCACCUCAUAACUCAAAACUGAAUGUUUAAUAUAAUUCUGUCUUAAUGUAUGUAUUCUUUUCCUCCUAUUUUUUAUUAUGCAUUGUCUAUAUUUAAUUGGUGAUUCUUUUCUCUUGUUUUUUACUGGGCAUGAGGAGAAAUGUUUGGUUUGGCUUUCCCCAUCAUAAUAAAGGCUUACCUGAGAGAACUAAAAUGAGACGAAGAAAGAAAUCAUGUGAGUAAGAAAAAUAAAACUUUCAUUUUAGACCUGG